CUCGGGGUCGCCAUGGUUUUUAAAGGGAACUUAGAGCUCUUGGCGCCAUGUUGCUUCUGGGCGGAAGUAGCGCAUCUAGGACUCUGCCUCUUUAAAGGAACAGAGACGUUUGCAACCUUGGUAAUACAUUUGGGGUUGCCAGCGAUGCGACGAAGCCUCACAGUUCUUCGCUGAAGCAGGCUGUCUGCCCUUCUCCUCUACCCCUGGAGGGGAAGUCUACAGUGCCUGUGGAUCUGGGAGGCAUGUUCAGGAGCUCAGCAGCCAUCUCAGUGCACCUGGUGUGGCCGCUCUGGGGAAGGAAGGCUGGAGCCUCACUCACCCGGUGUUUGCACCAGACUCUCGCCAUGGCCAAACAGCUGCCAGCUCGAAGGCUGAAUGGGAUUGAUCACAACCCCUGGGUGGAGUUUGUCAGACUGGCCAAAGAGUACGAUGUCGUGAACUUGGGUCAGGGCUUCCCCGACUUCCCACCUCCGGACUUCGCUGUGCAAGCUUUUCAGCAGGCCGUCAGUGGGGACUUCAUGCUGAACCAGUACACCAUGGCAUUUGGUUACCCACCACUGACAAAGAUCCUGGCAAGUUUCUUUGGCAAGCUGCUGGGACAGGAGCUGGACCCACUCAAGAACGUGCUGGUGACAGUGGGUGCCUAUGGGGCCUUGUUCACAGCCUUCCAGGCCCUGGUGGACGAAGGAGAUGAGGUCAUCAUCAUAGAACCUGCUUUUGAUUGUUAUGAACCCAUGACACUGAUGGCUGGAGGUCGGCCUGUGUUUGUGUCCCUGAGGCCGAGCCCUGCUCCUAAGGGACAAAUGGAAUCCACCAAUGACUGGCAACUGGACCCCACAGAACUGGCCAGCAAGUUCACACCUCGUACCAAGGCCCUGGUCCUCAACACACCCAACAACCCUCUGGGAAAGGUGUUCUCUAAGACGGAGCUGGAGCUGGUGGCCGACCUGUGCCGGCAGCAUGAUGUCCUGUGCAUCUCUGACGAGGUCUACCAGUGGCUGGUCUAUGAUGGGCACCAGCACAUCAGCAUCGCCAGCCUCCCUGGCAUGUGGGGACGGACCCUGACCAUCGGCAGUGCAGGCAAGAGCUUCAGUGCUACCGGCUGGAAGGUGGGCUGGGUUUUGGGUCCAGAUAACAUCAUGAAACACCUUCGGACUGUGCAUCAGAACUCUGUCUUCCAUUGUCCCACCCAGGGCCAGGCCGCCGUAGCCCGGUGCUUUGAGCGGGAGCAGCAACACUUCGGACAACCCAGCAGUUACUUCUUGCAGCUCCCACAGGCCAUGCAGCUGAACAGAGACCACAUGAUCCAGAGCCUGCAGUUGGUGGGCCUCAAGCCCUUGAUCUCCCAGGGCAGCUACUUCCUCACUGCAGACAUCUCAGACUUCAAGAGCAAGAUGCCCGACCUGCCUGGUGCUGUGGAUGAGCCCUAUGACAGACGCUUUACCAAGUGGAUGAUCAAAAACAAGGGCCUGGUGGCCAUCCCUGUCUCCAUCUUCUUCAGUCAACCCCAUCAGAAGGACUUUGACCACUACAUCCGCUUCUGUUUUGUGAAGGAUGAGGCCACACUCCAGGCCAUGGAUGAGAGGCUGCAGAAGUGGAAAGGAGAGCUCCAGCCCUGAAGCUCCUCAGCCCUCCCCACACAGUGGGGCCCAGCUCUG